UGGAGACAAUCUAUGUUCCUAGUCGCUGGCUUCAGAUAUUUCAGGCAUUCCAGUCUCCUGACGUCCCAGUGUUUCUCAUCGGGACAGAAGAUCAGGUGCUUGGAUGGAAGUCGGCGUGUAGAGAUCGCAAGCUCGUCAGCGUCACGUCUUGUAGGGUUGCUUUUAGGCACGGUUUCUACAUAGGAACAGCCUCGACUGAGAGCAUAACCUUUUUACGGCGAGAUUUCUUAUUUUGUCUUCCAAUCCCGUCAAUCUCGUGCAUCGAAAGCAAGCGUAGAGAUUCCCUUUUUCCAUGGCUCCUGGUAACGGCGUGUCGAAACACGGAGAUCAACAGCAAAAUGCGGGCAGGAAAAAACCUGGAAGAUCGCAUGGAGGAUCAACAGGCCUCGUUUGGUUAGCUCUCGCCGCUACAGCCGCACUCGUGGCUGUAGCCGUAGCUGUAGCUAUAGCUGUAGCAAACGGAGCAUCAGGCUCAGAGUACCUAACAGCCGCUGCUGCAAAAAGCAGCGGUCUUUUCGAUCAGGUGCUUCGGCAAUGGGGUGUGAAGAGUGGAGAGGUGUCCACGGGAAACCAACCGCCUGUCGACUCGGUAACGAAACCGGCAGGAGCGAGCAGCGCUUCUGAAUCUCCAGCGUCCGCUCAUUCUGCUUCAGUGUCCGCGGUUUCCCCUCCAGCUUCUGCUGCUUCUUCACAGGAUCCUUCGUGCACGUGUCAGGUGAAGCGGCUGUCAGGCGUGGUGGACGACUGCUGCUGCGAGUACGAGACAGUAGACGAACUCAACACGCAGGUGCUGCAACCGCUGCUGACCCAGCUCGUCAACACCACCUUCUUCAAAUACUUCAAGGCUCGUCUGUGGUGCGACUGCCCCUUCUGGCCUGACGACGGCAUGUGCCACUCGCGAGAUUGUUCCGUGGGGGAAUGCCGGGAUGACGAGGUCCCCGCUCCCCUCCGCUGCCCCUCCCCGCGCCCGCCCUCCCUGCUCCCUGCCGACGUGGACGAGCCACGCGAUGCUGACCUGGACUCGGGCGCGGAUGAAUCAGGUUCCGGCGUCGCUGAGUCAGCAAAGGCUGAGUCAGCGGGGUCGGUGGAUCGGACAGUGGAUCGGAGUGCGUUUCAGGCGUGGGUGGAGGCGGAUAACCCGUGGACGGCUGAUGAUGAGUCAGAUACAGCCUCCCAGGUGUACGUGAACCUAGCACUCAACCCUGAACGCUACACUGGGUACGGGGGCGAUUCAGCGCGGCGCAUAUGGCAGGCCAUUUACCAGGAGAGCUGCUUCCAGGAUGGGUCCAAGGACACGUGCACGGAGCGGCGGGUGUUCUACCGCCUCAUAUCGGGGCUGCACCAGUCGAUAUCGGUCCAUGUGGCGGCGUCUCAGAUCUGGGACUCCACUGCUGGCCAGGUGAGCGCUGUGGGCAGUGAGACGCAAGGGGAAAAGAGCCAUAACCGGGCGUCUCAGAUCUGGGACUCCACUGCUGGCCAGGUGAGCGCUGUGGGCAGUGAGACGCAAGGGGAAAAGAGCCAUAACCGGGCGUCUCAGAUCUGGGACUCCACUGCUGGCCAGGUGAGCGCUGUGGGCAGUGAGACGCAAGGGGAAAAGAGCCAUAACCGGGCGUCUCAGAUCUGGGACUCCACUGCUGGCCAGGUGAGCGCUGUGGGCAGUGAGACGCAAGGGGAAAAGAGCCAUAACCGGGCGUCUCAGAUCUGGGACUCCACUGCUGGCCAGUGGGGUCCCAAUAUCGCCAUCUUCCACCAUCGUGUCGCCAAGUUCCCAGAGCGCCUGGCCAACCUCUACUUCACAUUCCUCUUCGUGCUGCGUGCAGCGACCAAGGCAGCAGAUUUUCUGUCGCGGGCGUCGUACGACACGGGGAACCCAGGGGAGGACGCACAGACAGCAACGCUGGUGCAGCAGGUGGUGAGGAGCGAGAGGCUGAGAGCUGCAUGCCCAUUGCCGUUUGAUGAGGCGCGGAUGUGGCGUGGGGACGAGGGGCCGCAGCUGAGGCAGACGCUGCAGGGGCACUUCAGAAACAUCAGCCUCAUCAUGGACUGUGUGGGCUGUGAGCGCUGCCGCCUGUGGGGCAAGCUGGAGAUUCUCGGGCUCGCAACCGCGCUUAAGAUCCUCUUCUCUGUGGACGGCACCAAUGGUAACAGUGGCAACGGCAAUGGGAAGAGCAAUGGCAAUGGGAAUGGGGGCGGAGUGGAGCAGCUGUGUCUGCAGCGCAACGAGGUCGUGGCGCUCUUCAACACGCUCUGGCGCUUCUCCGAUGCGCUCAAGACCACCGCCGAGCUCGUCAGCCUGCUGGAGAAGAACCCUCCCCUGGAUGCACCCGCCCCUGGAGCCGCCCCUGCGGUCUCCGGCAGUCCUGCUGCUUCCCCUGCUGUUGCUGCUGGUGGUGGUGGUAGCAGAGGUAAUGCAGUUGGUAGUGCUGGUGGUGGGGAUAGUUUGGGGGGUGGGUUAGCAACCAAGUUGCUGGGAGGGGAGGGGCAAGGAGGCAGCGAGAAACAUUCUCCUGGUGCUGGCGAUGGUAGUGCUGCUGGUAACGAUGGUGGUCGUGGAGGGGAGGCGAGAGGGCUUGGAAGUGUGCCGUUGCGAACGGCGUGGGAGAAGAGCCAAGAGAGCCAUGACUACGGAGCCAGUGCCACUGUAUAGUGUAACCAUAUUGUACCCAUUAUGUGGGGCAUGUACUACAGUGUAGCACAUUAGAUAAAGUGGUCACAUGGAUUUGAUGAUGUAUGUGCUGUUACUAAGUAUGUGAUUUGUAGAUACGCAUGCACUGUUUAUAACCGCCCUGCAAUGCUUCAAGAGCGAGCUGUAGUGUCGGUCAGGAGGAUGUUCAACCGUACUGUACUGAGAAAGUGAAGAAAA